CUGCUGCAGCUCCGCACGAGCAGCACCAGGAAGAAAAUGAAAAUCUUUUCUGAGUCUCAUAAAACUGUUUUUGUUGUGGAUCACUGCCCAUAUAUGGCAGAAUCCUGUAGGCAACAUGUUGAAUUCGAUAUGUUAGUAAAGAAUCGGACCCAAGGAAUUAUACCCCUAGCUCCCAUAUCCAAAUCCCUAUGGACCUGUUCAGUGGAGUCAUCUAUGGAAUACUGUAGAAUAAUGUACGAUAUUUUUCCUUUCAAAAAACUGGUGAAUUUCAUCGUGAGUGAUUCUGGGGCUCAUGUCUUGAAUUCUUGGACCCAAGAAGAUCAGAACUUGCAGGAGCUGAUGGCAGCAUUAGCAGCUGUUGGGCCACCUAAUCCCAGGGCAGAUCCAGAAUGUUGCAGCAUACUUCAUGGUCUGGUCGCGGCAGUAGAAGCGCUCUGCAAAAUCACAGAAUACCAGCAUGAGGCUCGAACUAUGCUCAUGGAGAAUGCAGAACGUGUUGGAAACAGAGGAAGAAUAAUCUGUAUUACAAAUGCAAAAAGUGACAGUCAUGUUCGAAUGCUUGAGGACUGUGUUCAGGAAACUAUUCAUGAGCAUAACAAGCUUGCAGCUAAUUCAGAUCAUCUAAUGCAGAUUCAGAAAUGUGAAUUGGUCUUAAUCCACACUUACCCGGUUGGUGAAGACAGCCUUGUUUCAGAUCGUCCUAAAAAAGAGCUUUCACCUGUUUUAACCAGUGAAGUACACAGUGUCCGUGCUGGGCGUCACCUGGCUACAAAACUGAACGUUUUAGUGCAGCAGCACUUUGAUCUGGCUUCAACCACAAUAACUAAUAUCCCUAUGAAGGAAGAGCAACAUGCCAACACUUCAGCCAACUAUGAUGUAGAGCUUCUUCAUCAUAAAGAGGCACAUGUUGACUUUUUGAAGAGUGGUGAUAAUCAUAUAGGUGGCAAUAGCAGAGAAGGCACGUUUAAAGAAACUGUAACAUUAAAAUGGUGUACUCCUAGAACCAACAGUGUUGAAUUACACUAUUGCACUGGAGCCUACCGGAUUUCCCCCGUAGAUGUAAAUAGCAGACCUUCUUCAUGCCUUACUAACUUUCUCCUUAAUGGUCGCUCUGUCUUAUUGGAGCAGCCACGCAAGUCUGGCUCUAAAGUCAUUAGCCACAUGCUCAGCAGCCAUGGAGGAGAAAUCUUCCUGCAUGUUCUAAGCAGCUCCCGAUCGAUUCUAGAAGAUCCCCCAUCGAUUAGUGAAGGCUGUGGUGGAAGAGUCACGGACUACAGGAUUACAGAUUUUGGUGAAUUUAUGAGGGAAAACAGAUUAACUCCUUUUCUAGAGCCCAGAUAUAAGAUGGAUGGAAGUCUUGAAAUUCCAUUGGAACGUGCAAAAGAUCAGUUAGAGAAACAUACUCGUUACUGGCCUAUGAUUAUUUCUCAGACUACCAUAUUCAACAUGCAAGCUGUAGUGCCAUUAGCCAGCGUGAUUGUAAAAGAGGCCAUGACAGAUGAGGAUGUUCUGAACUGUCAAAAAACAAUAUACAAUUUAGUAGAUAUGGAGAGGAAAAAUGACCCACUGCCGAUUUCAACAGUUGGUACCAGGGGAAAGGGUCCAAAAAGAGACGAGCAGUACCGCAUCAUGUGGAACGAGCUGGAGACGCUGGUGCGCGCGCACAUCAGCAACUCGGACAAACACCAGCGCGUCCUGGAGUGCCUGAUGGCCUGCAGGAGCAAACCCCCCGAGGAGGAGGAGCGCAAGAAGCGGGGCAGAAAGAGGGAAGAAAAGGAGGACAAGUCAGAGAAGUCAGGAAAAGACUAUGAGCCUGAUAAGCCAUGGCAAGAAUCAGAAAGGUUGAAAAGUCUUCUGGAUCGUGAAAAAGAAGAUCUAGCAGAAGCUGAAGUUAUAAAGGAUUCCCCUGAUUCUCCUGAACCACCCAACAAAAAGCCUCUUAUUACAAUGGAUGAGAUGCCCACAGUGGAAAAGGCAAAAGGGCCAAUGUCCUUGCUGUCUUUAUGGAGCAACAGGAUUAAUACUGCCAAUUCUAGGAAACACCAAGAAUUUAUUGGUCGCUUGAACUCUGUCAACAACAAAGCUGAGCUGUAUCAACAUCUGAAGGAAGAAAAUGGAAUGGAGACAACAGAAAAUGGAAAAACUGGCCGGCAGUGA